AGGUCGAACCGGGCCAGGUUCUGGAGGGCAGAGAGACCAGAGCGGGGAGACACCGGGGCGUCCCCGAAAGCGGCGCCCAGAGGCUUCCUGUCCUCGCGACGCGCGCUCCGGACGUCGCCGGGGGCGGGGUCAGGGGCGGAGCCUGGCCUCGUUGUGGAGCGGCUCGUAAUCCAUCAUGGCGGCCGCGGGGCUCUGUGUCCGUCCCUAACCAGCACUGGAGCCGGAGCUGGUUCCUGGGUCUUGCGGCUGAGGAGCCCUUCCGUUGUCUACGGCCCCUACCUGCGGGGGGAGGCUGGGCCCCACGGCGGAGCUCGGGGGAUGUGACUGCCUGGCGGCGGCAACGUCCGGAGCCGGGGGAGGGGGUGUCUUGGGCAGAGACCCCCGGGCUCGGGGCAGCUGAGGCGGCCGGGCCUCCUCCCCCCUCCGCCGUCUCCCGCCUUCGGAGCCGCGAGCGUCCUUCGUCCCUUACAGCCCCGCCCCGGCUGUGGGACCCUGGUGGUGGUCUCUGUUUCCCCCAGACCUGGGACACCCGGUUUCCUGAGGCGUGGAGGAGCGUCGCCCCCGAGUAAGCCGCCCGUGCCGCGCCCCGACAGCCUCCCUCUCACCCCGGAGCCGCCCCUCUCUCCGACUCCUGGCCCUAAGUUUGGCCUCGGAGCCCCCCAUUCAAAUCCCCUCCCUUCUGUCAAGCGGCUUCCUCUUCCCCCCAGGUUGCUCCCGGGAGCCACUAAUGCCCUGACUUCUCCCAAUGUCACCUACGGCCCCCCUAGUCUCAGCCCUGCCAAAAACUUUAAUGCAAAGGAAAAGUCUGGACUCGUUUCACAGGCCUUUUAAAAAGCGGACUUAAAAGUUGCUGGCAAUGCAUUCCUUCUCGUCAGAGUGGAGGGCAAGCUCUCGCUGAAGCCUGGGUGACCCGUGUCCUUUUCGGGAGAGCAGGGUAGAGGAGCAGGAGCGGCGGCUAGUUCGGCAGGAAAUUUGUCGGAAGAGGAAGAAACUAGGGAGUGGGUGACUUCCACAGGAAAAGUUCGGCAGAAGCAUCCAAAGACGAUCAGCAUUUCCUUUAUGUGUGGGAAUCGAAAUGACUUCAGUAUUCCCGACCCUUCUGCGGCAUCCCUUGUGAAUAUUUGUUUCGGUUUUUCUCCUUGAAAGGAAAGAGACUGCUAAUCAGCCAGUGAAAGACACUUAAAAUCAAGAAAUUCGGGGGUAGCCCUGCAAUUACAUUACUUCGAAUCGAUCAACUGCGAAAGUAAUCGGAACUCCUGUUUACAUUUGUCAGCCUAAAAACUGCUUCCUUUUGUCAUGGAAGGUGUUUUUUGCGAUUGACCUCAAUUACUGACUUGUGGAGAUGCAGUGAAUGUGAAAUCCCACAUAUACGUGUAUACAGUUGUCCUAAGCUCACUGACCAUUCUGAAAGAUCUGGAACCCUCUCCUGGAAAGAGGUGCCUAUCGUUACUUUAUGGGGCAGCAGCCUGGAAAAGUUCUUGGGGACCAAAGAAGGCCAAGUUUGCCUGCCCUACACUUUAUCAAAGGAGGAGGGAAGAAGGAGUCAUCGAGGCAUGGGGGUCCACACUGCAAUGUGUUUGUGGAACACGAAGCCCUCCAAAGGCCAGUAGCAUCUGACUUUGAGCCCCAGGGUCUGAGCGAAGCGGCUCGUUGGAACUCCAAGGAAAACCUUCUUGCUGGUCCCAGUGAAAAUGACCCCAACCUUUUUGUUGCACUGUAUGAUUUUGUGGCCAGUGGGGACAACACUCUAAGUAUAACUAAAGGUGAAAAGCUCCGGGUCUUAGGCUACAAUCACAAUGGGGAAUGGUGCGAAGCCCAAACCAAGAAUGGCCAGGGGUGGGUUCCAAGCAACUACAUCACUCCUGUCAACAGUCUGGAGAAGCAUUCCUGGUACCACGGGCCGGUGUCCCGCAACGCCGCCGAGUACCUGCUCAGCAGUGGCAUCAACGGCAGCUUCUUGGUGCGGGAGAGCGAGAGCAGCCCCGGGCAGAGGUCCAUCUCGCUGCGAUACGAAGGGAGGGUGUACCACUACAGGAUCAACACUGCUUCCGAUGGCAAGCUCUACGUCUCCUCAGAAAGCCGCUUCAACACUUUGGCCGAGUUGGUUCAUCAUCACUCAACGGUGGCCGACGGGCUCAUCACCACUCUCCAUUACCCAGCCCCCAAGCGCAACAAGCCCACCGUCUACGGCGUGUCCCCCAACUACGACAAGUGGGAGAUGGAGCGCACGGACAUCACCAUGAAGCACAAACUGGGCGGGGGCCAGUACGGGGAGGUGUACGAAGGCGUGUGGAAGAAAUACAGCCUGACGGUGGCCGUGAAGACGCUGAAGGAGGACACCAUGGAGGUGGAGGAGUUCUUGAAAGAAGCUGCCGUGAUGAAAGAGAUCAAGCACCCUAACCUAGUACAGUUACUCGGGGUCUGCACCCGGGAGCCCCCGUUCUAUAUAAUCACUGAGUUCAUGACCUAUGGCAACCUGUUGGAUUACCUGAGAGAGUGUAACCGGCAGGAGGUGAAUGCUGUGGUGCUGCUGUACAUGGCCACUCAGAUCUCGUCAGCCAUGGAGUACCUGGAGAAGAAAAACUUCAUCCACAGAGAUCUUGCUGCCCGAAACUGCCUGGUAGGGGAAAACCACUUGGUGAAGGUGGCUGAUUUCGGCCUGAGCAGGUUAAUGACAGGAGAUACCUACACGGCCCAUGCCGGGGCCAAGUUCCCGAUCAAGUGGACCGCGCCCGAAAGCCUGGCCUACAACAAGUUCUCCAUCAAGUCUGACGUCUGGGCUUUUGGAGUAUUGCUUUGGGAAAUCGCUACCUAUGGCAUGUCACCUUACCCGGGAAUUGACCUGUCGCAGGUGUAUGAGCUGCUGGAGAAAGACUAUCGCAUGGAGCGCCCGGAAGGCUGCCCAGAGAAGGUCUACGAACUCAUGCGAGCAUGUUGGCAGUGGAAUCCCUCUGACCGGCCAUCCUUUGCUGAAAUCCACCAAGCCUUUGAAACAAUGUUCCAGGAGUCCAGCAUAUCAGAUGAAGUGGAAAAGGAGCUGGGGAAAAAAGGCAUGCGAGGGGUGGCAAGUACUUUGCUGCAGGCCCCAGAGCUGCCCACCAAGACAAGAACCUCCAGGAGAGCUGCAGAACACAAAGACUCCACCGAUGUGCCUGAGACACCCCACUCCAAGGCCCCAGGAGAGCCUGAUCCUCUGGACCACGAGCCUGCUGUCUCUCCAUUGCUCCCUCGAAAAGAGCGCAGUCCCCAAGAUGGUGGCCUCAAUGAAGAUGAACGCCUUCUCCCCAAAGACAAAAAGACCAACUUGUUUAGCGCCUUGAUCAAGAAGAAGAAGAAAACGGCCCCAACCCCUCCCAAACGCAGCAGCUCCUUCCGGGAGAUGGACGGCCAGCCCGAACGCAAGGGGGCCAGUGAGGACGAGGCCCGCGAAAUCAACGGGGCGUUAGCGCUCCCAGCCCCGGACAUGGCCGAGCCGCUCAAGUCCCCAAAGCCCAGCAUUGGGGCUGGUGUCCCCAAUGGAGCCUUCCGGGAGUCAGGGGGCGCAGGCUUCCGGUCUCCCCACCUGUGGAAAAAGUCCAUCACACUGACCAGCAGCCGAUUAGCAGCCAGUGAAGAGGAGAGUGGCAUCAGCUCCAGCAAACGGUUCUUGAGAUCCUGCUCUGCCUCCUGCGUGCCCCACGGGGCCAAGGACACAGAGUGGAAGUCGGUCACACUGCCGCGGGACCUGCAGUCCACGGGAAGACAGUUCGACUCGUCCACUUUCGGAGGGCACAAAAGUGAGAAGCCAGCUCUGCCUCGAAAGCGAGCAAGUGAGAACAGACCUGACCAGGUGACCAGAGGCACAGUGACGCCCCCGCCCAGGUUGGUGAAAAAGACGGAGGAAGCGGCCGACGACGUCUUCAGAGAUGCGGCAGAGGCUAGCCCGGGCUCCAGCCCGCCCAGUCUGACGCCAAAACUCCUGCGCAGGCAGGCUGUGCUGGCUCCUUCCUCUGGUGUCCCCCACAAGGAAGAGGCCGGGAAGUCCAGUGCCUUGGGGACACCUGCUGCAGCCGAGCCGGUGCCCCUCACCAGCAGAGCGGGGCCAGGCGCAUCUGGAGGGGCCGGCAAGGCUCCUGCCGAGGAGUCCAGAGUGAGGAGGCACAAGCCGUCCUCCGAGUCCCCAGGGAGAGACAAGGGGAAGUUGUCCAAGCUCAAACCUGCCCCACCGCCCCCACCCCCCGCCUCUGUCGGCAAAGCGGGGAAGUCCUCUCAGAGCCCGGGCCAGGAGGCAGCCGGGGAGGCCGGCGCCAGCGGGAAGGCGAAACUCCCAGCUCUGGUUGUGGACGCUGUGAACAGUGACGCUGCCAAACCCAGCCAGCUGGGAGAGGGUGGCAAAAAGCCCACGCUCCCGGCCAUGCCAAAGCCGCAGUCAUCCACCAAGCCGGUGGGGACCCCGACCAGCCCCGCCCCCACUGCCUCCACUUUGCCGUCAGCAUCCUCCGCCCUGGCGGGGGACCAGCCAUCCUCCACUGCCUUCAUCCCUCUCAUAUCGACCCGCGUGUCUCUUCGGAAAACCCGCCAACCUCCCGAGCGAAUCGCCAGUGGCACCAUCACCAAGGGAGUGGUUCUGGACAGCACCGAGGCCCUGUGCCUGGCCAUCUCCAGGAACUCCGAGCAGAUGGCCAGCCAUAGCGCCGUACUAGAAGCCGGCAAAAACCUCUACACGUUCUGCGUGAGCUACGUGGACUCCAUUCAGCAAAUGAGGAACAAAUUCGCCUUCCGCGAGGCCAUCAACAAACUGGAGAAUAAUCUCCGGGAGCUUCAGAUCUGCCCGGCAACAGCUGGCAGUGGCCCGGCAGCCACUCAGGACUUCAGCAAACUCCUCAGCUCCGUGAAGGAGAUCAGCGACAUUGUACAGAGGUAGCAGGAGCCAGGCGUCAGGCCAGCUGGAGCCGCCUGCGGUGUGUGAGGGCUCCCCCUGUGCCCGAGGAGGUGGCCGACACGAGACCAGUGAGCAGGGACCGUGGCCCGGCAGCUGCGGGCCACCGUGGAGCACAGCCCUACUCCCUGUGCGGGGCACCAGCUGUCCUGCACUUUCCUCUCCUCAGCCUGGGCUUCCGGCGCCGUCUCCAUCCUGAGUGCUGUCUGUGGAGUCCGCUCGGCGGGCCGCGGUCGGCACGCUGGCCCCCUGCCUGGAGCACCUCCAGACCGCUCCUCGGGCCGCCGGGAAGGCAGGCGAGCAUUCCUUCCUGGCUCUCUUUCUGGAGGCUUCCUUCUUGCUGUGUCUUCUCCAUCUCCCCCAAGAAUGAGUGCCCUGGACGGGAGCUAUGUCACCCAAGGCCCCGGGAACUGUCCCCUCAUCCUCCUCGUGCCUCCUGGGCUUAAGAUGCGUUCUCCAGAACAGUGUCCUGGGAGGCCGUGCCAGCCAGUCACUGCCCUCCACUGCCGCCGGUCCCGGCGCCCUCACCAUUUCCGCGUGCAAAGGACAGCUCUUGAUUUGGGGGUGAAACAGGGUGCUAAUACCAGUCAGCAUUUGGGUCCCAGGACAGGUGGGGAAUCUGAAGAGGCCGUGGUAUGGGGGAGUGUCCUGCCAUCCGUUCUCUGCGUGUCCUCAGAGCCCAGCUCCUUGCUCCCCUGUGACAUGCACUGCUGAUCCUGGAUGAAAACUUGAGUCUCAAGGGUUAGCAGGGUCGCUGUCCAGCAUGCUGGGGUAGGAGAGGUGGGAGAGGGGGCUUGUUGGGUGAACAGCUGGUACCCAGCUGGCAUGGGGCUGGGCCUGCGCGGGUCUGCCCUGGACCCAGGGUUCCUUUCCUUUCAGAUUUCCAGGUGUCUUGAAAGGCACUCGGUCUUGAUUUCUGCCCGAUCUCUCCCUCCCUGUGCCUCUCUAAGACAAAGGAAGUUCUUGCAGGACACUCAUUUGCGACAAGCCAGACUUCAGUUUUCUGAAGUCCUCGAAGCAUUUCAGAGUUCUGCCUUCAGCACAGCCGCCUCCGAUACAGGCGUCGGGCACCAGCACGCAAACAGGAGGAAAAGGAUGGGGGCCCCAACGCCCCAAUCAGUGUCAGCUGCACCCCAUGGGCAAACAUCUUACUUAAUCGCCACGACCAGCACUUAGCCUGAUGUUUGUGUCGGGGUCGUCAGGGAUGAAGAAAACCACGAACAAGUGAAACCCUAGAAAGUGUCUCGAGGAGCAGGCCUUGACGUACUCUCCCCCAGCAGCCCGGGACCAGGCUCGCGGGGCAGGGCCCAGGUCUCCUUGACCUAGAGCAGCUACUGAAGUGGGCAGGCACCUGCCAGGGCCUUACUCCGGGCCCAGAAACAGCCCUUGGGGAAAAAAAAAAAAGAAAACCACAUUUUGCUCCUCACGCCUUCUCACACCCGUGACCUUGCACAGGCCCUAUUUUUACGCUAAUCACCUAAACUUGUGUUUUAUUUUUCUGGUAGAGACGGUUUCCUCUGGAUUGUUGUAUGCUGUUCUCACAGCGCAUCACCUCUUUGCCCCCCCAGACUGCUGCGCCCCACAGCCUGAGGGAGGCGCUAGAACACCGCCAGCGGCCUUGAGACAAAGCAAACGAACCCACCCAGGUUCCUCGCCUCCUGUUCCGUGAGGUACUAGUCUCCACGUGACGUGCCACUAUAUUUUGCAUUUAUACCUUGGUAUCACACUCUCGUAGACUUGCUCUUUUAUAAAUGACGUGUAAAUAGUUUUCCACUAUCCUUUCUUCUCGAAUGCCUAUGGUGUCUUUUUGUUGUUGUUGUUCCAAUACAUUUUAUUUCUGUACAUGACUGUGUUUUUUGAAUCCACAUCUCUCCUCCGUAGUAUUUUUUAAAUAAAUGUUUACAACGUUA